AUGAUUACAGAUAUUCUUCCUGUUAUUGACCUUGAGCUUUUCCUGAACGAAAAAAACAACCCUUUAACAAUUAAAGAAUGCCAAAAGGCCGCGGACGCUUUAAGAAACUAUGGCGCUUUACUAGUAAAAGAUCCACGAGUGACAGAGGAGGAUAACUCCCGGUUUCUAGACUUGAUGGAAGAUUAUUUUGCUCAACCUCUAGAAGUCAAGUUGAAAGAUACGCGUCCAGAACUUGGAUAUCAGAUGGGAUUGACUCCUGAAUUUAAGGAAGAGCCGAGGUGCUAUCGUAACCCCGAUUGUCUAGAUAUAAUUGCACAGCUCUCUGAAGAUAAUCGACCUCUUCCUAUUACAGGACCUGACGUAAAAUGGCGAUUUUCUUGGAACAUUGGGAAAAUUCCUAAAGAAACUAAAUUUCCCCAACUAAAUGCAGAGUCAGUUAUUCCAGAAGCAUUUAAAGAUGUUUGGUCCACUACUAUGAAUAAAUGGGGUAAUCAAAUGCAUCGGGCUGUGAUAGAUAUUUCUAGAAUGGCCUCGGUUGGAUUAGGAUUGCCUGUUGAUACAUUAGCAGAUCUCACGAAGAAUGGGCCACAUCUAUUAGCUCCCACGGGCAGUGAUCUGAACGUGCAUGGAAAACUCAAUACAGUUCUUGCAGUGCAAGCUGGUAAACAACUUGAAUGGUUAACAGGUGGUGAGGUGAAAGCAGGUUAUCAUGAAGUAGUAGUCACAGAAUCCACACUCAGAGCAAUAGAUGAUAUCAAAAAAACUCGACCGAGUAGACCAUUGUGGAGACCAUUUAAACCGAAUGCAUUUUAUCCGCCAAUGCUCGCUGGUAAUCAAGUGAAACAAGAACUAGGUCAGAUUAACUUAAUGGAGUCGUAG